CGAUCCACCCAUCUCAAGUUCGAGCUCGGCUUGAAUCACACCCUCGCCAUACCCAUUUGACGACACCAACGCAAAUCACACUCUCCAUACUUCCAAGUUCCAACUCAAGAAAUUCCCCCCUCGAUUUCCGCCAUUGCAAUUCUCUCUCUCUUCCCUUUUCAUCAUCUGUCCUGCGAUUAAUACUCCAUAGACUUGGUAAAGCUUUUCGUGUUCCACAAAAAUGGCGGCCGGUGGAUCGAUUGUGCCGCAGCAACUUCACUUUCCGAAGCUCUCUCGCCUUUCCAUCUUCAUUUUCGCUCUUUUGCUGGUUUUUGCUCCUGGGUCGCAUGGAUCUCCUGCACAUCGUAAAAGUGGGAUGUCUUCUGUCUUUUCUUUGUUUAAUCUUAAAGAGAAGAGCAGAUUCUGGACUGAGUCUGUCAUACAUGGUGAUGUUGAUGAAUUGGAAUCUUCCAAUCUCGGAAAGAGUGGGGCCUUGAACUACUCCAAGGCAGGGAAUGUUGCCAAUUAUUUGAAGCUUCACGAAGUUGAUUCUUUGCAUUUUCCAGUUCCCGUGAAUUUCAUUUUUGUUGGUUUUGAAGGAAGUGGAAACCAAGCAUUUUCACUGCAACCUGAAGAACUUGAGCGAUGGUUCACAAAAAUUGAUCACAUAUUUGAACAUACACGGGUCCCACAGAUUGAAGAAGUGUUGAACCCAUUCUACACCGUCAAUGUUGAUAAAGGGAGUCAUCACUUUCCUACACUGAGUCAUGUAAAUUACAAUUUCUCUGUUCAUGGUAUACAAAUGAAUGAAAAGGUUACUUCUGUUUUGGAGCGUGCCAUUGCUGUUCUGGCCCGUAAGGAUGAUGUUUCAGGGUCUUGGGAAAGUAAAGAUUCUUUGUGGCAAGUGGACUUGGAUAUGAUGGAAGGGAUUUUUGAUAGCCUCGUUGAGUAUUUGCAACUUGGAAAUGCGUAUAACAUUUUCGUUUUGAACCCGAAGCAUAAUACUAACAUAACUAAAUAUGGCUACAGGAGAGGAUUGUCUGAGUCAGAGAUAGACUUUCUAAGACAGAAUAAGAGCUUGCAAGCUAUAUUAAGUGAAUCAAGAACAGUUCCUGAGAGUACUCUUGCUAUUGAGAAGAUUCAGAGACCUCUAUAUGAAAAGCAUCCAAUGGCUAAGUUUGCAUGGACAAUAACUGAAGAAACUGAUACGGUUGAGUGGUCCAAUAGAUGUUCAGAAGCUCUAGAUAGUAUUGAAAAUCUAUAUCAAGGAAAGGAUGUAGAUUACAUUAUUGAGAGCAAAGUUUCGCAGGUACUGAAUGGGAAAAGCGGAGAUCUAAAGCUUGCGUUCCAGAAAGAGAUUAAAUCUGGGGACCUCGGCAACCUUCAUGCAGAAUGUCUAACUGAUACAUGGAUAGGGAAAGACAGGUGGGCAUUUAUUGAUCUUAGUGCUGGCCCUUUUACUUGGGGUCCCGCUGUCGGAGGGCAAGGUGUUCGAACAGAGGAAAGUUUGCCGAACGUAACAAAAACAAUUGGUGCCGUUGCAGAAAUUUCGGAAGAGGAAGCUGAAGAUCGUCUGCAAGAGGCAAUUCAAGAAAGAUUUGCUGUGUUUGGGGACAGGGAACAUGAAGCUAUUGACAUUCUUCUAGCAGAAAUUGAUAUCUAUGAGCUGUUUUCUUUUAAACAUUGCAAAGGAAGGAGAGUUAAGCUUGCCCUCUGUGAAGAACUUGACGAGAGAAUGGAGGAACUUACGAAUGAGCUCCAGACUAUGGAAGGUGAAGAAGAUGAUGAAAGUCGCAAGAGGAAGGCGAUAGAUGCUCUAAAGAGAAUGGAGAAUUGGAAUCUAUUCAGUGAUGUCGAUGUGGAAUUCAAAAAUUACACUGUCGCGCGUGAUACCUUUCUAGCACACUUAGGUUCCAACUUAUGGGGAUCGAUGAGGCAUAUCAUUGCCCCUUCUGUGGCUGACGGACGUUUCCAUUUCUAUGAGCAGAUAUCUUAUCAGUUAUUUUUCAUCACUCAAGAUAAAUUGAAGAAUAUUAAGAAUUUGCCUGUGGAUCUAAAGGCUAUAAUGGAUGGGCUAUCGUCUUUGUUAUUACCUUCUCAGAAGGUGAUGUUCAGCCAGCAUAUGUUGCCCCUUUCAGACGAUCCUGCUAUGGCUAUGGCUUUUUCUGUGGCUCGACGAGCAGCUGCCGUGCCAAUGUUAUUUGUCAACGGAACCUAUAGAAAAACUGUCUCCAACUAUCUUGAUUCCUCUAUUCUUCAACAUCAAUUGCAGAGGAUCAACGAUCAAAAUGCACUAAAAGGAAUGCAUGCGAAUAGCAGGUUGACAUUAGAGGUCCCGAUUUUCUGGUUUAUUAAUGGUGAUCCCCUGCUGGUUGACAAAUAUUAUCAGGCAAAAGCACUUUCUGAUAUGAUCAUUGUUGUUCAGUCGGAAACCCCUUCAUGGGAAAGCCAUUUCCAAUGCAACGGACAUUCAAUACUUUGGGAUUUAAGGAGGCCCAUUAAAGCUGCGAUUGCUGCUGCUUCUGAACAUCUGGCUGGUUUGCUUCCUCAUCAUCUCGCCUACAGUCAUGCCCAUGAAACUGCUACCGAGGAUUGGUUAUGGUCCAUGGGCUGCAACCCUCUUUCAAUCACUUCUCAAGGCUGGAGAAUCUCUCAAUUUCACUCUGAUACCAUAGCCAGGAGCUAUAUUAUCACAAGUCUUGAAGAAUCUAUCCAGCUUGUGAAUUCAGCUAUUCACCGUCUGGCUUUGGAGCAGACAACUCAAAAAUCGUUCAAGCUUUUUCAUUCCCAGGAACGUGAGCUAGUGAACAAGUACAAUUUUGCUGUUGGCUUGUGGAAAAGAAUUGCUACUGUUACUGGAGAGUUGCGUUACGUCGAUGCGUUAAGGCUUCUGUACAACCUGGAUGAUGCAUCACGGGGUUUUGCGGAAAAAGUGAAUUCUACUAUAGCGCUCCUUCAUCCAAUUCACUGCACAAGAGAUCGGAAUGUAGAGGUGGUGUUUGACAUGACAACCAUUCCAGCUUUCUUGGUCGUCUUCUUUAUCCUUUGGUUGGUUCUAAAACCAAAGCGAGCAAAGCCUAAGAUUAACUGAUUUUUUCUGGGGAAAGUUAAUAUCAGCAGCAGUUGUAGAAACCAGUUUGUUUAUACUGAAUUUUGUAGAGCAGCAGUGAAUAAAAUUAUUUGUAAAGGAAUUUUUGCACUUGUUGAUUUUGUUUUAGUCUAUAGUAAAUGGAAAUUACAAUGAGAUCCAAAGAAGAGGAAGUUGUACACGUUCAGAGCUCUAAAAUAUGGGUACAAAAACCUGCUUCUCAUGCGCUUGCAUGCAUAUAAGCCCCUUUUGUUUGUUAUCAA